AUGGUUCUCACCCCAGCUAACCGCCUGUACAUGCGCCGCAUCCUCCGCCUACGUGUUACCCGAGUAGCAGUAUGCCUAUUCCUGCUCUUCAACUUUAUCGACGUGCUCCGUAUUCAUCACAAUCUCAGUCACGGCGAUGUGCAACGUCGCCCCAAACCCCCUGGGCCGUCGCGGCCGCACGAGCGAAUCUAUAUUGCUAGCAUGCACUUCAACAACGGUGCCAUCCUGAAGAGCCACUGGAACGACGCCGUCAUUGGGUUGACAGAGACGUUUGGUCCCAAGAAUGUGUUUGUCAGUAUAUUCGAGAGCGGCAGUUGGGACGACAGCAAGGAGGUUCUGCGUGAGCUGGAUCGACAUCUAGAAAUAAGAGGUGUUCCGCACCGCGUGGAGGUGUCUGAUGUGACCCAUCAGGACGAGUUGGACAGUGCGGACAAGGGAGAGGGCUGGAUCGAUACGCCGAGAAACAAGAAGGAGUUGCGCCGCAUCCCGUACCUGUCGAGGUUGAGGAAUAAGACAAUCAAGGAUCUGCUGCAUCUUCAUGAGCAGGGUGUUGAGUUUGACAAGGUGCUGUUUCUCAACGAUGUGGUAUUCACGGUAGAGGAUGUGCUGGCAUUGAUGGACACGAAUGGCGGUGAAUAUGCGGCAGCUUGCUCGUUGGAUUUUGCGAAACCUCCCUUGUACUAUGAUACCUUUGCGCUUCGGGAUAUCGAGGGCCACGGACAUGUGAUGCAGACCUGGCCGUAUUUUAAAGCGAGGACAUCGAGAAACGCCCUCGUAAGCAAUUUGGACGCCGUGCCUGUCACUAGCUGUUGGAAUGGCAUUGUCGUUAUGCCCGCCGAGCCGUUCGUCUCCUCAACCAAGCUACGCUUCCGUGGCGUCCCCGACUCCCUGGCGAAUCAUCACCUAGAAGGCUCCGAAUGUUGCCUCAUACACGCCGACAAUCCUCUCUCCAGAACACUCGGCGUCUAUCUCAACCCCAGAGUGAGAGUUGGCUAUAAUCCCGAGGCAUACGUUGCUACACACCCAGCCGGAUCGUGGGUAUCCGCGUGGGGGAUAUUCAUAGGGCUUUGGAAAAACAGGUUGAAACGCUGGACAUCAAUUACAUUCGAAGGGAUAGUUGUACGAUCAAGGGUUAGGCAUUGGGAAAAGGAAAAGAGUGGGAAUCGUGAGCCCGGCGUGUUUUGUUUAAUUAAUGAGAUGCAGGUUCUAGCCCAUAAUGGAUGGGCGCAUGUAUGA